AUGGAACAAGAUUGUUGUGAAUUAUUGAGUGAAGAAGAAAUAGCUAAAAGUGCUGGAGAGGCUGGGGAAAAGCCGAUAUGUUUAAUGCAAAUUUAUGUUGCUUUACCAUCAAACAGAAGUAAUAUUCCUGUAAUUAUUAUUUUAGCUGGAACUUUUGUUUCGAUAUUUGACUUCCAAACAAGAAAAUGUUUAUUUACAAAACAAACUUCAGAUCCUUUAUUAACCUGUAAAGAUAACAAAAAAACAUUAAAAUCAACACCUUUUACUAGAGGUUUUUUCUUUUAG